GUAAUGUUUUUUUUUUAAACUGCGGUGAGGCGCAUGCCAAAGGUCUAUAAAAGGGGGACCUCUUCCCUCUUUCCUCUUUACCCAUCCUCGACUCGAAGCAUCUGCGCAACGCUCAUUGCGACCCACACAACCUCAUCGCGACUCGGUCAACCAUGAGAACGCCGAUGUGGUGGUGUCGAGGACCUCGACCGCCCGACAGCAACCGUGAUCAGAACCAGCGGCAACCAAUUGGAUCCGAUAACAAAACCUACUAUUAUACUGCCACAUUAGUUGAGCUUGGUUGUCUCCAAGCCUUUGUCACUGAAAAUCCACCAGCUUGUGACGCUGCCCAGUCGAUUCGCUCCUGGAUGCAAGAGUCUGGCUUCAAUGCCAUCAAGAGUUCUGGAUCAAGGCCUAGUAGGGACCGCGUGUGGUGGUGGGCAAUUAUCCGGUUAGAACAACCGUUACGUAUUGCGUGUAUAAUUGCCUAGUAGUAGCUUAGUUAGCUUUUCCGAACCGGUUGUCGCCGGUUCACUCCCUGGUGUAGUAGCUAGUGCCAGUUUCUGUCACCUCUACACUAAUCUUGAAUGCUUAGCCGAUGUGGAGAUCCCCAGGGUUUUCGUGUCCUGUUCAUCUGGUAAUCCCCGCCAACUCAAUCCUGCACAUUCUCCGAUUCUCCUCGUCCGGUGUCCGACGAUAUUAUCUCCAGGUAGUUUGUACUGUAUCCCGUUGCGUGACCCUUCAUACAUGGCUGACGGGUAACACGGCCGGCGUUGGAACAAAUAACCAAAAUUUCUAUUCUUGAUUGGACGAUAAUACAUACACAGAAUUGCAUUCUAGUUGUGGCAUCUAUUAUACAGACAUACAUCAUUCAAACUUCUAUUAAA